CGGCUUGGUAACAAGUAACGCAAAACAUGGUGGAGUCACAGUGAUCCCAUACUUAAACUUCAGCAUUCCUUCGGCAGCAUUACGCCCAGUGCUCCAGUUCGCCGAGUCCGAUGAUUUUUCACUGCUCUCAGAGCUCGACAAGAAAGACACUGGAUUGUCUGCCGUGUGGUCGAUGGUUGAUCCUCUAAAAACCGCUCCUCGGCCUCCUUUUGAUCCUAAGAACCAAGGCAAAGGUUUGCGAUUCGCGAAGUUCAUCGCUGACAACGACAAGCACGCCGGGUUCGAAUCCCUUCCACCGCAAAUCAAGUCGAUGCUCUAGGAGGGAUAUACCGCAUCUGGAAAUGGAAUAUCUCUCGUGGUCUUUCUCCGUUUUACUUCUUCGCGAGGGAGAAUGCGAAGAGCCACGAUGUAGCUCCUGGAGAGACUCUGGAUUUUCUAGCGAGGAGCGCCUGCUUCUACGCGAUCUCUAGGGUCGCGCCAGGAGGGAGGAAGGAAAAAUGGGGUGGAAAGCGUUCGUGGAAGGUGGUGCCGCGUCCAUCGUCGCGGGAUCCAUGACGCAUCCACUGGAUCUCAUCAAGGUGAGAAUGCAGCUCCCAAUCGCAGCGGGAGAUUCGCCAGUGGCGGCGGCGGCAAGAACAGGGCCUCUGUCGGUCGGGAUUAGGGUUCUUCAAACAGAGGGCGCCAAGGCGCUCUUCUCGGGCGUCUCGGCGGCCAUUCUCCGCCAGGGGCUCUACUCCACCACGCGGCUAGGUCUCUACGACGCGAUCAAGGAGGCGUGGCGAGAGAAGCGAUUGGAUCCCAGCAAUGCCGAUCUGGAUCUGGCAGUCCACAAGAAGUUCGCGGCCGGGCUGAUCGCUGGAGGGAUCGGCGCCGCGGUAGGGAAUCCCGCGGAUGUGGCGCUGGUGAGGAUGCAAGGCGAUGGCAGGCUCCCAGUGUGGCAGCGGCGGAGAUACCUCGGGGUCGGCGACGCCCUGGCCAGGAUCGCGCGGCAGGAAGGGAUUGGAUCGCUGUGGACGGGGUCGGGGCCGACGAUCCAGCGCGCGAUGAUCGUCACGGCGGCGCAGCUCACGACCUACGAUCAGAGCAAGGAGUUCCUGGCGGGGAGAGGGAUCUGCCGCGAGGGAUUGGCGACGCACGUCGGGGCGAGCUUGGUCGCGGGGUUUGUGGCGUCGGUGGCGUCCAAUCCCGUGGACGUGAUCAAGACGAGGGUGAUGAGCGUGGGCGCGGGGGACGCCAGGUAUAGCGGGAGCUUGGACUGCGCGAUCAAGACUGUGAGGGGAGAGGGCGCCAUGGCUCUCUACAGGGGAUUUUUGCCGACCUUGACAAGGCAGGCGCCAUUCUCGGUGGUGCUGUUCGUCACCCUGGAGCAAAUCAAGGCCAUCCUCAAGGAUUUCUAGCUCUUGGAUUUCCAGAAAUCCAAAGAUCUUUUUGUU